CUCUUAUAUCGUGAACAUGGCGUCCGGAACAUUGUUCACAUUCCCUAACAACUUUAGGGCUUACAAGGCACUUAUCGCUGCCCAAUACAGCGGUGCCAAAGUAACUGUUCCGUCAGAUUUCAAGUUUGGCGAGUCAAAUAAAAAUGACAAGUUUCUUGCCAAGUUUCCAAUGGGAAAGGUACCUGCCUUUGAAUCCAGUAAUGGUAAAUGUUUGUUUGAAAGCAAUGCUAUUGCUUACAUGGUUGGUAAUGCAAAAUUGAAUGGUGAAAAUCCAGAAAGUGCUGCUGAAAUUUUACAAUGGGUGAAUUUUGGUGAUAAUGAAAUUUUACCAGACGCAUGUACCUGGGUGUUUCCAUGUUUAGGAUUAGUUCAGUUCAACAAACAGGAAACAGAGCGAGCAAAACAGCAAAUUAAGAAAGCUCUGGGUGUUUUAAAUACUGUCCUGUUAACUCGAACUUACCUGGUGGGUGAUAGAAUAUCUCAGGCUGAUAUCAGUGUAGCUUGUAAUCUUUUAUUACUUUAUCAACAGGUGUUAGAGCCAGAAUUCCGAAAAGAAUUUCAGAAUGUAAAUAGAUGGUUUACUACUCUGAUUAAUCAGAAGGAAUUUAAAGCUGUCAUUGGUAAUGUCACACUAUGUACCAAGAUGGCCCAGUUCGAUUCCAAGAAAUACAAUGAACUUCAUGGUAAAGAAAAGAAAGAAACUGGUGCUAAAAAGGACAAGAAACCUAAAGAAGCUCCAAAAGCAGCCAAAGCUGAGAAGAAAGCUGAAGCAGAAGACGUGCCCGCCUUACCGAAAGAAAAGAAAGAUCCUUUUGCUGAUAUUCCAAAAACAAAUUUUAACUUUGAUGAAUUUAAAAAGGUGUACUCCAAUGAGGACACAGUAGAAAAAGCUAUUCCUUAUUUCUGGCAACAUUUUGAUAAAGAGACUAUGUCUAUAUGGUAUUGUGAAUACAAAGAAGAUCUUUCAGACAACCAAUCUUUUAUGACCAUGAAUUUAGUGGCUGGUAUGUUCCAAAGAUUGGAUAAAUUACGAAAAAAUGCUUUCGGUACGGUGCUAGUUUUCGGUGAAAAUAAGAAAAAUGAAGUUGCCGGUAUUUUCUUCUGGAGAGGUCAACAGCUUGCUUUUGAGCUUUCUCCAGAUUGGCAAGUGGAUUAUGAAUCUUAUUCAUGGAAAAAACUUGACCCCACCACACCGGAAACCAAAAAACUGGUCCACGAAUAUUUCACCUUUGAAGGAGAUUUUGGUGGCAAAAAAGUUUUCGACGGUGAAGUCUUCAAAUAGGCUGAGUCAUGACUGAAUGGCCUUUUAACUUGUUAUUUAAAAUGAUAAAAUGACCCGCAAUGAAGAAAAACUUGAAAAAUAUCACACAAAAAAAUUGUAAAAAUAAAAAAACCCAUGAUCGUAUUUAUAUAAAAACUGACUGGAACAAUAAAGACUUGAGCUGUA